CACCUUUCUACCAUCUGACUGACCAGGAAUCAUGUACCUUAGCACUCCUCACGACCACCAACUGUUGAUGUGUGUUGAAAGGAUUUACAAAUUAUUUUUAGCCUGUUUGGCUGCCUACUAAACUUCCUUUCCUUGGCCACCAUGUGUUGGAGUGGGACAUGAACCCAGAGAUUCUAGCUCCAAUACGGGGAUGCUGUCCACUGCACUAGAAGACCCUUUUGGAGAGGAAUUUAACAUUGAUGUAUGGAAUGUGCAGGUUUAACCACUGAUGUACCAAGGUGCUGGUGCAUCCAUUGGAGCUGUUUGAGAGCGCAAGCUGGACUGUUUGUCCCAAUGCCGCCCCCAUCAGACAUCGUGAAGGUGGCGAUCGAAUGGCCAGGAGCCAAUGCCCAGCUGAUUGAGAUAGACCAGAAAAAGCCAUUGAUUGCAAUUAUCCGGGAGGUCUGUGAUGGGUGGUCUUUACCAAACCCAGAGCACUAUACUCUACGGUAUGCUGAUGGGACCCAGCUAUACAUUACAGAAAAGACUCGCAAUGAGAUUAAAAAUGGGACAAUUCUGCGGUUGGCCAUUUCCCCUACUCGAGCAGCUCGGCAGCUGUUGGAGAGGAUCCAGUCUUCCGGCCUGGACUCCCGUCUCGAUGCUUUGAAGGAGCUGGCGAAACUUUCUGCUGAUGCCACCUUCGCCACGGAGUUUAUUAACAUGGAAGGAAUUUUCAUCCUCACUCUCCUGGUGGAGAGUGGAACCAACAACUUACUGGAUAAAUUCAGUUUCGGCGAGAUGCUAGCCUUCACACUGACCGCAUUCCUGGAGCUAAUGGACCAUGGGAUUGUCUCGUGGGAUAUGAUCUCCACUGCCUUCAUCAAACAGAUUGCAAGCUAUGUCAACCAAACGUCAGUGGAUGCUUCCAUCCUGCAGCGGUCACUGGCCAUUCUGGAGAGCAUGGUCCUGAACAGCCAAAGCCUCUACAAAAAAGUGGCAGAAGAGAUCACUGUGGGGCAGCUCAUUGCUCAUCUGCAGGUAUCCAACCAGGAAAUCCAGACUUACGCCAUUGCACUGAUCAAUGCUUUAUUCCUAAAAGCACCAGAGGAACGUAGGCAGGAGAUGUCCAAUAUCCUGGCACAGAAGCAGCUCAGAUCCAUAAUAUUAAACCACAUUAUUCGAGGAAACCGUCCAAUCAAGACAGAAAUGGCCCAUCAGCUAUAUGUCCUUCAGGUUCUGACUUUUAACCUUCUGGAGGAGCGGAUGAUGACUAAGAUGGACCCACAGGAUCAGACUCAAAGGGAUAUCAUAUUUGAACUGCGAAGAGUUGCCUUUGAUGCUGAAUCUGAUCCAAACAGCAGCACCAAUCUGGAGAAGCGAAAAGCCAUGUAUACGAGGGAUUAUAAAAUGCUUGGGUUUGUGAAUCAUGUCAAUCCAGCCAUGGAUUUUACCCAGACCCCUCCAGGAAUGCUAGCACUGGACAACAUGCUGUACCUGGCCAAGGUUCACCAGGACACCUAUAUCCGGAUUGUCCUUGAGAACAGUAGUCGAGAGGAUAAGCACGAAUGUCCCUUUGGCCGCAGUAGCAUCGAGCUCACCAAGAUGCUGUGCGAGAUCCUGCAAGUCGGCGAGCUACCUAAUGAGGGCUGCAAUGAGUACCAUCCCAUGUUCUUCACCCAUGACCGAGCCUUUGAAGAGUUCUUCUGCAUCUGUAUCCAGCUACUCAACAAGACAUGGAAGGAGAUGAGGGCGACGUCAGAAGACUUUAACAAGGUCAUGCAGGUGGUGCGUGAACAGAUAACAAGGUCCCUGAGCACGAAGCCAAACUCUCUGGAUCAGUUCAAGAGCAAAGCCCGUUGCCUGAGUUACUCGGAGAUCCUGAGACUCCGACAGUCUGAGAGGAUGAGCCAGGAUGACUUCCAGUCACCUCCAAUUGUUGAGCUGCGAGAAAAGAUCCAGCCUGAGGUAAUGGAGCUCAUCAAACAGCAGCGCCUGAACAGAUUGUGUGAGGGCACCAGCUUCCGCAAAAUCAGCAACCGCAGACGCCAAGAUAAGUUCUGGUAUUGCCGGCUGUCUCUUAAUCACAAGGUGUUGCACUAUGGUGACCUGGAUGAGAAUCCACAGGGUGAGGUGGCCUUUGAGUCACUGCAGGAAAAAAUUCCCGUUGUAGAUAUCAAAGCUGUGGUAACAGGGAAAGACUGCCCCCACAUGAGAGAAAAGAGUGCCCUGAAACAAAACAAGGAAGUUCAAGAGUUGGCUUUCUCUAUCCUUCAUGAUCCUGAUGAGGCUCUGAACUUCAUCGCCCCUAACAAAUAUGAGUACUGUAUCUGGACCGAUGGACUGAAUGCCCUGCUGGGAAAAGAGAUGACAAGUGAACUGACGAAGAAUGAUCUGGAUACUUUGCUAAGUAUGGAAAUGAAGCUACGCCUGUUGGACCUGGAGAAUAUACAGAUUCCUGAGACACCACCUCCCAUUCCCAAAGAGCCCAGCAGCUAUGACUUUGUGUAUCAUUAUGGUUGAGCAGUGAGACGACCAGCAACUUACAAGCACAAAAAAAAUUAAAGAGAAACAAACACAGCAACAUCCUGUGAGCAAACGUAACAACCUGUUCAACCAGCUCGCUCUUUUUUACAAAAAGCCUUCACUGAGUACAAGUAGCGGAAAGACACAAAAGGCCAAACAUGCAGUUUCCACUCUGUUCUGGGGGAGCUGGAGGUUCAAGACAGACCUUGGACCCAUUAGAAAGAAUUCUGUAUUUAAUAUUUUAGACAGGUUUAAGAAUUUGGAUAAUGUGAUUUGCUGCAGUGACGUUUGUAUGAUGGUUCAUAAUUUAUUAGUGUUCUAGUAGGCCAAUCUGCUUAUGUAGACUUUUCACUGUAUGCAAAUAAUCCUGCAUCCAAUGUUAGUCGAUCCUAUUGUUCCAAUAGUGGACAACGGAUUGUGUUUGUAUAAUCUAGUCUGUAUAUAGUAUGCACGAAUGUCGUAGAACGUAUGCACAGGAGAGUUUCCUUCGGAUUGUGAUAUUUGAGAUUGCCUUUGAGGAAUACUUUCUACUUGUUUUGGAAGCUCUAAUUUUGAGCAGUGACUAAUUUUGAUGUAAAUGUACUUGCUAUUAUUCUCUUCUUUAAUCCUCCUCUGAAUCUCUGCUACUGUACCAUUCUGGAUCUUGCAGCUGUGAAGUGACGUUCAGAAAUAGCUGGAGAUACAGCCCAGCAGAUGAGGAGAAGAUGGCCCAGAAGUGGCCGUGUAUGAUUUUUUUUCUAAAUACCAAUUCUGCAAUCCAGUGCCAUUCAUAAACUGUUCGAGUUCACUUUACAUCUUUUGUGGUUUAAACCACUAGAUUACUGCCUUGCAGUUUAUUCUGAUCAUCCUUUGACUUUAUAAUUUGGAUAGCCUGGGUCUACAUAUCAGAAUGGUGCUGGUAGAAUGUGGUUGAAUAGCACUAGGCUUUUUAACAAUCUUAGAGCUCUGGCUAAGAUGCUUAGUCUCUCCUCUGUUUCCCACCUUUGCACCAAAAUUUAAUUUUCAUUUGAGAUCUUCUCACGGGUAUUCAGCUGAAUAGGUACCUGAAUAGGUUGGAUUAUAGAUAAUGAACUGUAAAGUACUCGGUUGUUCUUGGUAUGCAGGUACAUGAAUGAAUUGGAAUACAGGCACUGAAUUCGAAGGGUGCUUGAAUAGCGUAGAUGAGGACACUGAUUUAUACAGAAAAGCAAAAUAACCAGAUUAUAAAAUACUGAAUCAAAGGGUCCGUUUGCUAAGAAGACUAACUUUGCUUUUGAGCCAUGUAAUGAGUGUGCUCGAAUAUUGUUGCAUCUGAGCUUUCUAUGAAUAAUGUGUAAUUAUAAGUCUCGAGCUUCAUUUUUGUCAAUAAGUAUUACUAACUUAAGGCAACGUUAUUAGCAUGUUACCAUUCUGUCAAUAGCAAACCUGUAUUUUAUUGGGUGACUGGAAGAAAAGCUGUCUUCGCUGAUGCAUUGGACAUGCAGAUUUAUAAUGGAGUGAUUUUAUUCGGUCUGUUUAAUUAUGGCUGGGCAGAAAUUGAAUUGUCGGGAACAAAUAACAUAAAUUACAUCCACUUCAAAACUUCGAUACUGUCACAUCAUGCAGGCUGGUUUUAUACUUAAUGGUGAUAACAGGCUUUUUCAAAGGGAGUACGUGAUGAGCUAUAAAAUAUUAGCAAUGCAUCUAACUUCAGCUUGCCCCAUAACUUCUCAUCCAUGAUUUUCUAACUAUGAGAACAUGGUGCUUUAGAUUUAUGGUCUUUGUUGAUUGGGGGUUAAGAUUGCACUUUCUCCCUUCUAAAGGAAUAAGAAGUCUUAACAACAGUUUACACUUGACAAGACGCAUUUUAUUGAGAAAUUUUUUUUUAUAUUUACAAUAGUGAGAUAUUUGGGACAGAGUCAGAAACUUUAGAAUACAUUUGAUACUUCGCAAUACUUUACAGAUGCUGCAUUAAUGUAUUAAAUGUUACUCAGUUGAGGAACAGAUUAUGGGGAAGCAAAGUAAGUCAUCAAACUAAAUUAGGACCUGCAAACCUAUCCAAGAACAUUUAAAUUACACAUUAGGAAGAGGCUUCCAUGUAAACAAAUACAGGAAAUUGUGCCUUUUAAGUAACUGAACUAUAAAGUGGAUUGCAUUUUAAUUAGAUACCAUUGUUACAUUCCUCCUACAGAAAAGUAUCAGACAGACAUUAUAGACGCUGAUUGGAUCAUUCUCACACCCAAAAUAACAGAGCAUUAGAUUUUAAAACAAUCAGUUCUGGCACAGUGAAUAUGAGCAGUAACGUCCUGUGAAUUAAUGACAAUCUGCCAGAUGUAUUCUUCUAAUGAACAUAAUAUUGUAAAAGGGAGAGAGAUAAAAAGAAAAACAUCAAAUACUGAAAACCAGAAAGAUGUUAGAAAUUCAGUGCCAGAGUCACUCACUCUGGAAAACACUGAAAAGUUCUUGCUCUGUCAAAUGUGCAUCAAAAUGAUGCUUUCUACACUUUCCUCUGCAGCCAAGCAAUGUAAAUUUUACUCUGGCAGGGCUGUAGGAUAAGUACAAGAACCAGUUAUAGUCAUCCAACUGAAUGGUCAGUAUUGUGAGCUUAAGUACAAUUUGUCUCCAGUACUUGCCUUUCUUAAAAAUAACAGUACAACAUUUUGAAAAGUAAGUUCACUUUCUAUAUGUUGGUGCUUUCCACUCCCAUAAUCCUUGAUGUCUGGAAAGUGUGCCACCAUCUCCUGUUAAUUCAGUGUGGGCUGGCUGCGAUCACUUUCCAGCUGGUGGGAACAUUUGAGGAGGCCAUUCAAAAUCCCAACUGAUAGGUGGGAACCUGAAGAAUCCUCUGUAAAAACCCUGUUGGAAAUGGAAACAAUCUCGCCUGGGUGUUGAACAUUGUUUUCUAAAAUAACCUCUACUCCCACAAAAUGUUUAAAUCAAACGGAUCCCAGAGUAUUAAAGCCUAAAUUUAUUGACAGAAAAAUAGUUAACAAUUUAUUAUGGUCUUUCCAUUGUGAUAAUCCCAGAUGAGUGAUCUUUUUUGUGAUUUUAUGUAUGAAACUAUUUUUAAUGUCAUUUGGGAGAAUAUUUGUCUAUUAUACUAUUAAUGAUCAGAAUGUUAUAAUGGCAGAUAAGAUUUUAAAAAAAACAAAACGGUAACAUUUACACAAUAAACAGAACACUCUUGCUGUUUUGAAUCUU